GUUGAAUUCUGUUCUCCCUGCAACGUUCUGCAGACUCUUUUUCUCCUGAAACUCCAUUUUCAUCCCUCAAUUUACUCUCUUCUAGGGUUUCGACUCUCCUAAAAUCAUGGAGGGUAAAGGUAAUUUGGAGGCGGCGAUAGAGCAGCUGCUGAAUGUGGAGAAGCAGAUGAGACUUGCCGGCGAUGUUACCAGCACCACGAAGGCAGUUAUCGACAUUCUACAGCUCUGCUUCGAAGCUAAAGACUGGAAAGCUCUCAAUGAGCAGAUUGUAAAUUUGUCAAAGAAACGCGGUCAGCUUAAGCAGGCUGUUACUUCGAUGGUCCAGCAGGGAAUGCAAUACAUUGAUCAGACACCAGAUCUUGAAACUCGUAUUGAGCUAAUCAAGACUCUGAAUAAUGUUUCUGCUGGGAAGAUAUAUGUUGAAAUUGAGAGAGCAAGGUUGAUCAAGACACUUGCAAAGAUCAAGGAAGAGCAGGGCCUCAUAGCUGAAGCUGCAGAUCUUAUGCAGGAAGUGGCAGUGGAAACUUUUGGUGCAAUGGCAAAAACUGAGAAAAUUGCAUUCAUACUCGAACAAGUUCGUCUUUGCUUAGUUCGCAAAGAUUAUGUCCGUGCACAGAUCCUUUCAAGGAAGAUUAACCCAAGGGUUUUUGAUGCUGAUCCUUCAAAGGAGAAGAAGAAACCCAAAGAAGGUGACCAGGUUGUUGAAAAGGCUCCUGCAGACAUCCCAUCUCUGUUGGAGUUGAAACGGACCUACUAUGAACUAAUGAUACGGUACUACUCUCAUAGCAACGAUUACUUGGAAAUUUGCCGUUGCUACAAGGCAAUAUAUGAGAUUCCAUCUGUCAAAGAAAACCCAGACCAGUGGAUACCAGUUCUGAGAAAAAUCUGUUGGUACCUAGUCCUUGCACCACAUGAUCCCAUGCAGUCUAGCCUUCUUAAUUCCACUUUAGAGGAUAAGAAUAUUUCUGAAAUUCCGAAAUUUAGGUUUUUGUUGAAACAAUUGGUCACAAUGGAGGUUAUCCAGUGGACAUCUCUGUGGAAUACAUACAAGGGUGAGUUUGAGGGUGAGAAGAGUAUGCUUGGAGGUCCUUUGGGUGACAAAGCAUCAGAAGAUUUAAGACAGAGAGUAAUUGAGCAUAAUAUCCUUGUUGUUUCAAAGUAUUACUCAAGGAUCACAUUGAAGAGACUUGCGGAACUGUUGUGUUUGACCAUUCAGGAAGCUGAGAAGCAUCUUUCUGAAAUGGUUGUUUCCAAGGCACUGGUAGCCAAGAUUGACAGGCCAAUGGGAAUAGUCUGUUUCCAGAUAGUGAAGGAUAGCAAUGAAAUUCUCAACUCAUGGGCAGUGAACUUGGAAAAACUUCUUGAUCUUGUUGAGAAGAGUUGCCACCAAAUACAUAAAGAAAUGAUGGUCCACAAAGCUGCCCUGAAGGUUUGAUGAAAAAAGAUGAAAUGCUUAUUGCAUGUUGGGAGCUCCCCUUAUCCUUCUUUAUUUAGGUGACUGAUUUUACUAUCACAUUCCAUUCAAGUGACUGCCUUCUGUUUUAAAUGAUUUGCAUGGAAUAGCUGAGUUGAGCUGGGUUUGAGUUGCAAGGAAGGGAACAGAUCUUUGGGGAGUCGUGCUCCAUGCUUUUAUUGGGUUUUCUAUUGGAGGUCCCUUUUUUGGUUGAUCAGGGUAGAGGGCAGAAGUAUGCUUCCUGCAACUGAAAGUUUGUCACCACUGACAAAUCAAAGAAAACUAAACCAGGCUGUUCUAUAGCACUGGAAUGAAAUCAUUGCUUUAUCUUUGUUGUUCAUAUUCAGUGCCAUUGUGUAAGAUUUCACAUCAUUCCCUCAGUUUUUUUUUUUUUUUUGGUCUACCAUAAUACACCUGUUUACUGUUAUAUUCUUUUAACUUUCCAAAAAUGUGUCCUUAUACUCAAAAUUUAGGUGUAGCAGUUUCAUUCUCAUAUUGGCCAUUUGUUCUGCAUUACGUACAUGUUCCGCUUUUCCUGUUAAUCAGUGAUAAGCAUCAUCUAGCAGGUUUGUUGUUGUUGGCUCCGACUAAGACUAGCAGUAUAGCACCCAAAUCUUCCGAUUGAUCCAUGGUUAAUUGAGCCUAUCAUUCAUGUCUAACAGGAUAUCAUAUGUCAUUGGGCAUCGGCUAUUAAAGCCGUUUAGUAUUG